AUGUCUCGAGCCAUAGGUGAUAUCUUUUACCCGGACAACCCCAAUCGUCGCAAUCGAUUCAAUGAAUUAUUAGCUCAAAUUCGAACCUACGAGACUGAAUUUCAAGCGCUCGAGAAGAAGAAGAAGAGAGUGUUCAAGGAAGCCCGAGAGAAGGUUGACAAUGCCUUGCAUGAAAAAGGCUAUGAGACUCGGGAUGAGCUUCGUCAGGCAAUCAGAGAUAAGAUAAGUGACAGCGAAGAGCUCAAAAAGUUUGAUAGAGUUAAGUCCGAGUUACUAGAGACCGGCAAUGUAGGAGGCGUUGUCCUUGACCUCAUCUGUCUCGCCACCACCAGUCUCACUGCUAUCGCUGGAGUCGGGAUCUUUCUAGGAGUGGUCGCUGGCCCCGUAGGUUGGGCUGUGAUUGGCGUGUUAACAGCCAUCGCAGCCGGUGCUGGGCUUGUAGUGGCCAUAAUUUCAUUCAUCGACGCGAUGAACGAACGAGACACACUUCGGGACGGUAUCUAUACGCUAUGGAUGAAGCGGGCAGCCAUGAAAUAUCAUCUGGAUAAGCUGGAUGCACUGGUCCAGAGUAUCGACAGCAUUGUAUCCCUCGCCGAUCUAUGUGACGAGGAGGAACUGGCGGAGGUGAUUGAGGAGAACCUUGGCCGCAAAACGCUGUUUGGGCCAUGGAAUACGCGGGAGAAGCUACGGGAGCUAGAUGAACGAAAUGAGUCCUGGACCAACGAAGAUCCUUCGUUCUACGCCCAAGACUUCGAGUUUGACGGUCCCAAGAUGACAGUGGAGUGGACCGUUGACGAGUACGGAGAUGAAGAAGUUACUACAGACGAGAUGGAGUUACUGAAAGUGGACCAUGACAUGGGAGAGUGGGUUUUUGAUUAUGGCAGCUGGAUAUACCGGUUUAAUAAGGCUUGGGACAAGGAGCAGCAUGACAUGAAUCGUGAGGAUCGUGGGCUUGACCCAAUGGAUGAGCAGUCGACGUCUUUGGGAGAUGACAAGUCAAAGCCGCUUCUCUGCGAUUAUUAUAUCUGGCCAGAUGCUGAUCACUACGAUGGUAACCCGCAGUACUUUCACCUGGGCCAUACAUUUAGAAUUAUCUAA